AUGGCUGGCCGUGUGCUGUUGGUGUGCGCCCUCUGCGUGGUGUGCUGCGCCGGCGGCGGUGUCGGUGCGUGGGGCUCGGGAUACUGCACGGAGAGUGACUGGAGGGACUUGAGGGCGGUCGCGAAGGACAUGACGGACACGGAGAUUGAGAGAAAGUACUGCAGCCGCAAGCCGGAGUUUGUGAAGGGGCUGCGGGCGAGUCCGCAGGAGGGGGGGACUGUCUCCGGUACGGGUCAGGAAGGGACGAGCUCCACUGGGGCAACUGAGGGCACACAGGGGAAUGUGCAAACCUCACAAGAAAAGGAAUCAUCGUCAAGCAGUGACAGUCAACCCGUUCAAAAUAAAGGGAAGGAAAAUACUGAGCAAGGUGGUGCUAAAGGUGGGGAAGGGGAACAAUCACGUGCAGAAGCACCAGCGGCGCCGCAGUCACAGCCACAUCACAGCCACAGCCACAGCCAGGGGACGCCGUGCAGGAGAGUACUCAGGCUGGCGGUUCACCAAAGUCGGGAGAAGGCGAUGGAAAAGCCGGAGAAAAAGGAGAUGAUGGCAAAACAGAAGUCGAGCAGAAGGAAAACGCUGGAAGUUCAGCGGAGACAACGCAACAAACUCACUCUGCAGCUGACGGUGCGGAGGCGCCAAAGCGAGUGGGGACGGGCGCUAACGUUAACACGGCGACGGGUGGCAACAGUGACGGCAGCACCGCGGCCUCGCACUGCACCUCCCCCCUUGCGCUUCUUCUUCUUGCGUGUGCGGCGGCUGCUGCGAUGGCGGCCGCGUGAGGGAGCGGUGUGCAGCUCGUCUUUUUUUGUUUUUUCAGUUUGUGUGUGUCCUCCUGCACGAUUGUUCGCCCUCGCCCCACCCCACGAGGCACACACGUAA